GCGAUUUCAGAACAGUUUGACCGUGAGCAAACGCCAUUUUGGUAUACUGUGGUUACAUUAUCUUUCGUCAACAAUGUAAAUGUUCUUAGUGAAAUGUUUGCUAGUUUUUGCAAGUGAUGCUAAUACAAAUGAACUAUUGUGGGUAAUUGAGACGAAUCUAGGAUUAUGGAGGAGUCCAACGAGGACCUCAAUGUCGUUCCCGAACUCUACUUUCUGAUAGCGAAAUUUCUCUCCGGGGGCCCGCUUAAAGAGACCGCAAAGACUUUGUUAAAAGAGUUGCAGAGUGUCGAGGUGCUACCACGGCGACUCGACUGGGAGGGCAAGGAGCAUCCCCUUUCGUAUGAUGAAUUGAACUCACAAUAUUCUGAAGUGUCAUGGCGUCGGUUGGCAGCAGUCUGUGAGAGAGCACUACGCUUGGCUCGUGCUGCACCACAAAUAUCUUUAAUCGAUGGCACAGAGAAGCAUCUGAAUGCCCGGCUUUCAUUACUGAGCGAGUCCCUUGUCAGGCCAAAGUUUAAAUAUGCAUCGUUCAAGCAGGACCAUAGUUUGGUACGUCGUCUAAUAUGCCGAGAAGUUGGCGGAGGCCCCAAAGGCCCAGCCAAUGGGGCGGGUGUCGGGGCCUCUACGGGGCAGCAGGGGCCCUUCCCUGCAAGGCUUUUGCGGAAUCUUCAAUUGCAGAGGCGGACAUUGGGGCAUCUCUCGGCUGUGUACUGUCUAGUCUUCGAUUGUACGGGGAAAUAUAUUAUUACUGGUGCAGAUGAUCUCUUAGUGAAGGUAUGGAGUGCAAUAGACGGUCGUUUGUUGGCGACCCUCCGAGGGGCCUUCGCCGAGAUCACGGAUGUGUGCAUAUCGAGCGAUGGGGCUCUGCUGGCCUGUGGCUCGGUGGAGCGGCUGGUCAGGGUCUGGUGCAUGGUCACCGGAGCCCCGAGGGCGGUUUUGCAUGCCCACGCUGGGACUAUCACUUCCGUGCAUUGGGCCCCUCCGGCCCACUCGGACGUCCGGUGGCUGGCCUCGACCUCCACGGACGGCUCGGUCGCCUUCUGGACCUGCUCCACGGACGGCCAGUUCCUCUCGCAGCCCGUCCAGUACGUGGAGCGGAUGAGACCCGGCGUCUGCCACAUGAUCUGCGCCGCCUGGUCGGCCGGCGGGGCCUUCCUCGCGGCGGGCAGCGCGGACCACCACGUGAGGAUAUACUCCGUGGCCGUCGGGGGACCCAGGAGGGUGCUGGAGACGGCGGUUCACCUGGACGCGGUGGACUCGAUCGCCUGGGCGCAUUGCGGCUUGAGGUUCGUGUCGGGCAGCAAAGACGGCACGGCCGCCUUGUGGACGUUGUACGCGACUCAAUGGCGGCACUCGCUCUUGAAGACGUGCGCGGGCGACGAUCAGAAGAAAUUGAAGGUGACUAUGGUCUGCUGGGACUGCAGCGAUGAAUAUGUCAUGACUGCUGUAUCGGACAAUACAGUGCGGGUUUGGUGUUCGCGUACGUGUACGCAAGUGCGUGUGCUGUCGGGUCACCGCGACGAAGCGUACGUGCUGGAGGCCCAUCCCUUCCUGCCCGGCAUCCUCCUGUCGGCCGGACACGACGGACAGCUCUUCGUGUGGGACGCUGCCAAUGGAGAGGUGCUGGCCCAGUUCCACAACGUGAUCGAGGGUCAGGGCGAGGGAGCCAUCUUCGACGCCAAGUGGGGCGAAGGGAACACCAUCGCGGCCUCCGACUCCCACGGCCACGUGCUGCUGCUGGGGCUGGGCCAGGGGCAUCGUCUGCUGGGCCAGCUGCCCCCCGAGCUCUUCUUCCACACGGACUACAGGCCGCUGGUCCGAGACGCCCUCGGCGGAGCGCUGGACGAGCAGACAGAGAUUCCCCCCCAUCUGAUGCCGCCCCCCUUCCUCGUGGACGUGGAGGGGGCUCCCCACCCUCCGGAGUUCCAGCGCCUGGUCCCCGGGAGGGAGAACCUGGCGCUGUCCCAGCUGAUCCCUCACGCGGACGCGGCGAGGAGCAGGCUGGACGCCAUGAUCGAGGCGUUGGCCGCGGACCCGGCCACGCCCCCUGCGCAGGCGCCUCAGGCGGCCGGCGUAUGGAGAGGCGAAGGCGUCCGUCACACGGCGGGGUCGUGGCAGCCCUUGGACGUGCCCCUCAGCACGCGCCCCAUCUUGCUGCCCCUGCCCCCGGCGCAGAGGCAGCUGCUGGAGAAGGCCAGCGUGGAGCUGAAUAACCUGGAGAUGUCCUGGUACCGCCGGGAAAUGAGACGGCGGCCGGUGAUGAUCUCCAUUCCGGGGGCCGACAGCGGGCCCAGGAGGAAGCCGGGCCGGAGGCCUAGGGCUCCGGCGCCCAGAGCCAGGCCGCAGCCUCCGCAGCCCAAUACUGAGGUCCGCGAAGACGCGUGCGAAGAAGAGGCAACGGACAGUUCCAAUUCCACGUCGGACUCCUCCGUCAGCCUCUCCUCUCACUCCUCCCGAUCGGAAGGUCCAAGACCGCGGACCAGGCCCAGGCCUAGACCUAGGGCCAGGGUUGCGAGGAACUCUUCGCACUCCAACUCUUACACGGACCUGUCGGACCUGUCUCCCGUGAAAAGUGAUAGUUCUUCCGAGUCAUCCCAAUAUUCGGAUUGGGAAGCCGGGACUGCGCUGGCGCCUCCCGCCAGAGCCAGGAGGAAACCAGUUCCCAGCACUAGGUACAGUCCCAGCACGGUGACGAGCAAGCGUUCGGCCCCCGCCACCUCCGCGGCCCCCGUCGCCGCCGCCCCCUCCGCCGCCCCCUCCGCCGCUUCCGCCGCCGCCCCCGCCCACGCGGGCGUGGAGUUGCCCGAAGCGUACCGCGUGGGGGAAUGGUUGACGGCCGUGUCGCCCCGCAAGGCCCCCUACCACCCUCAGAUGGGGGACAGAUGCGUGUACUUCCGAUUGGGUCACCAACGGUACUUCGAAGCUGUGAGUGAAAAGGAUCUCUAUAAGGUGAACGCGAGGGACAAGCCGUGGGAGCGGAUGCACAUCAACGACUGCGAAGCCGUGAAGGUGGUGGGGAUGAAGUACGUGAUAAAACCCCCGAGGGUGGUCUGCCUGAAGCUGGCGCGGGAGGUGGAGAAGGGCAGCUUCACCGUCCGAUACCACGACAUGCCCGACGUCAUCGACUUCUUGGUGCUGCAGCACCAGUACGAGGCCGCGGUGGCCAGGAAUUGGGGGGAGGGGGACAGGUUUCGCUGCAUGAUUGACGAUUCGUGGUGGACGGGAAUAGUCCUGGAGCGGAUCAGCUCGGUCGGAGGUCUACCUGGAUCGAACCCGCUACCUCAGACUUCGGCUACAAACGAAUGGGCGGCGGCGGCUGCGUCUCAUUUCCUAUCGCUUCGAGUGAGAUGGGACAAUGGGGAAGUGGAACGGCUCUCGCCUUGGGACCUGGAACCGCUCGACCCGGAGAGACUACCGGCCGAACCGGGCGGGGCAGUGGCGGUGUUGCCUCAUGAACUGGAAGCGGUGCUGUGUCGCAACGAGACCCACGAGUGGCCGCCCGACGCCUGCGAAGCCAUCGCCGCUCAUAUCUCGCAGGUGAUGUCUCUGUCGGCGGCGGAGCCCUUCGUGGCCCCCGUGGACCUGCAGCUGUACCCCUCGUACGCAUUGGUGGUGCCCUACCCCAUCGACUUGGCCACGAUCCGAGCCAGGUUCGACAACCAAUUCUACCGACGCGCGGCGGCCGCGCAGUUCGACGGGCGGUACUUGGCGAGCAACGCCGAACAGUUCAACAAGUCCCAUUCGCCCAUCGUGAGGCAGGCGAGGCUGGUCACGGACUUGCUCUUGUCCAUUAUAAGCACCUGGCAGAACAUAGACGUCGUAUCCAAGUACCACGAGUUGGCCGCUUCCUACCACUCGUCGGACGAGGAACCGCUCCAAGUGCAGAAGAACAGACGCGAGGAACGCGCCAGGUCCGAAGGGGCAUGGCGGCAGCACUGCCUCGGCCUUCUGCGGGAGCUGUCGGCUUCGGCGGACGCGGAGCCCUUCAGGCAGCCCGUCUCGCCCAGCAUGGCGCCUGCUCUUCCAGACUACAACUCGGUGAUAGCCCGGCCGAUGGAUUUGGGCAGCGUCCAGCAGAAGCUGGAGAGCAACGGAUACUCGAACGCGGACGAGGUCGCGGCGGACGUCCGGCUGGUGUUCACCAACAGCAGACUCUACAACACGAACAAGAGGAGUCGGAUAUACUCAAUGACGGUCCGUCUCUCCUCCCUAUUCGAAGCCCUGUGGACCCGGAUGCCGGUCGAAACCCGGAGCACGCGUCGCUCCACGAGGCAUCGACGGGUCAGGCACUCGAGACCGACCAGACGAGCAGUCGAAGAGACGAACGGCUCGGUGAAGGCCAAGCUGCCGUCCUCCUCCUCCGAGUGCGAGACGUUGGCUGUGACGUCACGGCGGACGACGGACCCGCGACACGACGACUCGUGGGACAGCGACGCCCCGCUCAACGCUCACAGCAAAGGAAAAGGAGUCGGGAAGAAGACGAAGAACGGUGCCAUCGCCAGUACUUCCAGCCGCGUGCCUCCCAUGUUUGUCGAGACGAAUGGCGUCGACCAAUCGGAGUCCGAGGAAGAGAUGCCAGCGAGACAGAGCAUAGCUGACGGGAGCACUUCCGACUCCAGCGCAUAUUCCAGAAUACAGGUGGUCGAAGAGGAGUUGGUGGAAGAUGAAGUGGAAGUGACCUACGAAGAAGAAGAGAGCAACGCGAGAAGUGAGCGUCGGAGACAUCGGAAUAGGAAUCAUUUGCAGAGCAACUCAAGGAAACGCAGACGCUCGAAGAGCUCGGAAGACAGCGAAGGGAGCAGACCGAGGGACUCCAGGCCUGGCAAACGAACCCGAGAAAGGUUCACGGACGGCUCGUCGUCCAGCAGUUCCUCCGGGUCGAACUCGGGCUGGUGCUCAGGCGGCGCCGCCCGCUACGAGUCCGACCGCUCCUACAAGCCCGACAGACCUCAGCAGUACAGCAGCGAUGACGAAACGCCGCUUCUGUUGUACAGACAGCGGCAAGGAGACGAAGUGGAGGCGGGACCUUCGAGAAGACCUCAUCAUCGGAAGGGUGUUUCUCUUCGAAAACGUCGAAGCCCUCGGCGGUACAACGAAGACAGCGAAGAAGACUCCAUCGCCGCCAUCAGCAAGAGGCUGCCUCAUCAUCAGGACCACCAGAGGCAUCAGAGGCUGUUCGCCCGGAGGAGGCAGAAUCAUGCCCAGGGCACGGGCGUGCCCGGCGCAAGCGCAGCUCCUCACAACGAGGACCACAACUAUUUCAACGGACACUCCCAUCACCACAACAGGGAUUCCCCGGCGGGGUCAGGGGGUUCAUCCGGUCCCGGGCCAGUGUCGAUCUCCUCCCGGGGACGUGUGCGACGACUCACCGCCAAGGCGAGAGGGCUGUUACGGGAAUAAUACAGGCUUCUCAUGGGCCUCAGGAGGCUGGCGCCCCUCUUCGUCACCUACAGGGGGCGGGUCAAACGGGUCCUGGCCGAGUAGGCUCAUAGGAGCUCAGUUCUCCAUAGCAAGUGUUGAAGAUUUUUAGUCAAUUAACCGGUUUAAGGAAUAAGUGUUGUGUUAUUUUAGUGGACUUCAAAAGUUUUUACUGUGAUCGUCCGUUGACUGUAAAUACCCACAUUUAGUGUUUUAAGGGAUACAAGACUCUAGUGGUAAUGUGUUCAAAGCUGUGUUAAGUUUAAGUACCGUCUCACUACCGUUGUUUUUACUAAUUGAUAAGUUUCUUUAUAAAUGGCAUUAUUUCGAUGAAUAAAAGACAAAAUAGCUAUAGUCGAAUUUUUAAUUAGACGAAGUCAACUGACGUUUACGGUGUUGUCAGUUUUUAAUGAAAUAAAAAUAGUGACAAAGUAAAAACCCCUGAAUU